AUGGAUGAACAGGUUUCAGUGACAGAUUUGAAGAACAUUUCUGGAUAUAUAUCUCCUCGAAACAAUUCAGCCCCAGCAGAAUUCUAUGUUUCAGUUUGGAUUCGAACUCCAAUAAUCUUCUCUGUGUCAUUCUUCGUGAUUACGUCCAAUAUUCUGAACAUAUCCAUCCUCCGAAGAACCAGGACCAUACCUCACAUUUCCAAACUGUGUUUGACCAACUUAAGUAUUGCAGAUCUGUCCGUGGGUCUGGUGACGUGUGCCCAGUGUGUUGUGUCUGCAGCUCUAGGCUACUGGCCCUACGGAGACGUGUGGUGUCAGAUCGCGGGAGUGUCUCAUGGGGCUUCAGGAUGUGUCUCAAUAUGGAAUCUGUCGUAUGUCAGUAUCGAUCGCUACAUUGCCCUUGUCAAACCGCUGCAAUACCCCUCAAUGGUGACAACCAAGAGAUGCUACACUGUCCUGGCAUCAUGCUGGGUGUUUGCAGUAACAACCUUCGCGUCUGUCAUCUUCACCAAACCAGACUUCAUCUACUACAGGUUCAGCUUCACUGAAGGUAUUUGUGGUUUACACUGGGAGUACCCCCUGUUUUGCAUAAUCACUGGGAUGGCCAUUCCGUUUUCAUCUGGCAGUGUCAUCGUGUUCACAACAGUCAGUAUAUUGAGAACGCUCAAAACGUCUGAAUUUGUGACUGCUGGGAGUUCUACAUCCAGGCAACGAACCAGGAGGGACGUCAAGGCUGUCAAAAUUCUCAGCAUCACCGCAGGGAUGUUCUUCAUGUGUUGGGGCCCCUACACUGCCUCAGUUAUAAUGUCUGCGUUUGACCCCAGCAUACACACCCCGAAGGAGCUUCAGUUUACGUUUCUGUGGUUGGCCAACAGCAACAGUUUCAUGAACGUCAUCAUCUACUCCGCCGUCUACGAAGCCUUCCGACAUGAGGUCAAGGUUAUUCUCGUACCUGCUGCCUGCUUCCGGCGGAGAGACCCGGAUGCACACUCAUCUAUGACGAGUAUAGCAUUAAGCAGUCAGACCACAAUUCAACGAACGGACAGGUCUGACACAUUCUGA